AGAAAACAAAGCCAUCACCACCCUUUCUCGCAGUGCAUAAGAACUCACAUCUUGCAAUUCGCCUGACUAGUUUCUCUGUUACAAGCGCUGUUUUUGCUUUAUUAUUUCUCCUUCGCCCACAGUGCCGUGUCGCUAAACGCACCAGAAACAACUACUUUUCUACUACUAUUACCAGCGGUGCUCCUUGUACUAUGCACGAUGAACUUGUCUUGCCGCUGCACGAGGGACUUUGCGGAGACUCUGCCCACCGAGAUGAGCGUGAAGAUCUUCGGCGAGCUGGACGCCAGGAGCCUGUGCCGCGCCUCGGCCACGUGCCGCCGGUGGCACGCCAUCAUCCAGGACAGCCCGCACCUGUGGCGGACGCAAUGUCUCAGCAUCGUCACGCUGUGCCAAAGGGAGGUGGACGCCGACCGAAGGAAUGGAUUCUCGUGGAAGGAGUCGCUGGCGAGGAACUACAUCCGCAGCCGCGUGAAGCUGGAUUGGCUGCGCGGUCGCUAUAGCAACGUGGCAUCGGCCGUCGAGCUCCGCGGCAGGAAGAUGGUGCCGAUGGACGUGGAAACGUGGGGGGAAAUCCUGCAGGCCGAGCUGGACCGAUGAGUUCUUUGCCGUCGCUGUUGCUAUUUUGCAAAUUGCAUGUGUGUAUCUUUUAUUAUGUUUUUUUUUUUAUACAUUUAUGUAUUUGUUUUUUUUUAAGACUUUUGAAGGAAAUAAGAUCACAAGUAUGAGAGACUUUGAUCGGCUCGCAUACAUCAAGGAAAGACAAUGUUUUUUUUUAAUUUUCAUUGUGACUACAACAGUAACAAUGAAGCGCUAUUGUAUUCUUAAAAAAAAACAUAAUAUCCCAUCGUUAAUCUGUAAUAUGGGCCUCUCAGUAUUUAAAUAAUCAAGUCCAACAAUAUUUGUUGCAUUCAUUUGAUUUGUUGAGUUAUGUUUGUAAAAUAGCUUUUUUUUAAAAUCAAAAUAAACUAUUUGAUGUAUUUUACAUGUACAUUUUAACUUCUUUGUACCCUGCAAGGCUUUAGCCAAAUAUGGACAAAGCGGAUGCAAAAUGAUGUCAAACAAAAGUCAGAACGGCCUUUACUGAACAUUCGUAUGACAAAUACAAACACUAAGUUGUUGUUUUGCUUUUUUAUGAAAUUGAUGCUUUUCUACUAAGUCCAUGUUAGAGAUUCCCUCAAUAAUGGUCAAAAUAGCCAAAAUAUGGGCUCUUUAAAUUAUUUUGUGUCUAUUCAUUUGUGCUUAUACUCUUAUGUUUUGCACAAUUACAUUGAGUGCUAUCGCCCUUGAUAAAAUGAAAACUAAA